AUGGAGAAGCAGCAAAUGCAGCCGCCGGGGGAAGGCGGUGAGAAUAAUGCGAGGGCGAGGAAGAAGAAGGUGAAGAAAAUGCCGAGCCCUCAGGAGCUGGUGACGCACUACGAGAAGCAGGGGAUGGCGACUCAGGAGGCUUCGCUUAAAGUGAUUGGGGAUUUGCAGGGAGCCCUCUUCAGAAUGAUUACGGCCAAUUCGAAACGCGGCGGCGACGAUUCCAAUCCCAAUUCGAAUUCUUCCCCGCAAGUGAUUUCGGCGAAGCUGGAUGCCGUCCACUCCCGCCUCGUCCAGCUCGAAACGAAGCUCGAUUCGAAGCCCAGUUACCCACAGGCCCUGGCUCUGGGCGUCGCCUCCGCCUCCCUUUGGAGUGGGGCCCUUGAGCUCUGGAACACCGUUCGUCGAGCCACCUCCCCCUAG